AUGAAAGAGAAAAGGGAUUCAAGUACCAUGAAUUGGGUUUUGUUACUUGUCUCGUUGAUGUGGAAUGAGAAGGAAGGCGCUGCUGAAAUACAAGAUUGUAAUUCAGUGGUAAACAACACUUUAAAAAGUCCUGGAUAUCCAAACAACUACCCAAGCAACCUGGACUGUACCGUUACUUUGCCUAUUCCAAACGAAAUGACGAUGAACAUUACAUUCAUUUAUUUUGACGUAGAGUUCAGUGAGCCAACUUGCAGGUUUGAUUACUUGAAAAUCAAAACUAGCAGUGGACUUGAAGUUGGUACUUACUGUGGUCAGGAGACUGGAACUUCAACUCUUGUGACAGGAGAAUAUGUUGAAAUAGUGUUCCACUCAGAUACAAGUCUAGAAAAGAAAGGAUUCCUUUUACAUUUUACUGUUUUGUCAAAUGUUCCACCGAGAAUAACAUCACUCGAUCCUGUAGAACCCAUAAUUCCAGGCGACCAAGCCUGGUGUUCCGCCACGGGAUCUCUACCCAUCUAUAAAGCGAUAGUGUUGAUGGAGCCACUUACAGUGCUUGUGAACACUACAGGCCAAGCUAGGGUCAAAUUAUACCAAGGAGGUAACUACAGCUGUGUGGCAAUGAGCAAGUAUGGAAUCGACCAAAAAGACUUCCCAGUGAUAGAAUGCGGUACAGUGAUAAACGGAACUUUAACAAGUCCUGGAUACCCUGAUAGCUACCCUGAUGCUAUGCGUUGUGGGACCUCUGUUGCUAUUCCACGAGCCAUGCAGAUGCAAAUCUACUUCAUUGAUUUUGAUCUGGAGGAAAGUAAGGAUUGCAAUCGAGACUAUUUGAAGAUUACCAAUGAGAAGAACCAAGAGUUCGGUGUGUAUUGUGGUCAAGGUUCUGGAAAUGAAAUAAAUGUAACUGGAACUAGCGUUUUCAUCACGUUUCACACUGAGAACGCAACUCGAAGUAGAGGGUUUAAACUGCAUUUCGAAGCUAAUGUUGCAGAUUGUGGCUCUAUGGUAAAUAACACACUGCUGAGUCCUGGUUAUCCAAACGACUACCCAGGAAAUAUGAACUGUACUUAUUCGCUUCAAAUACCUGAAAACAAGACAUUGCACAUUACUUUUGUUUAUUUUAACUUGGAACACGUGCGCCCCUCUUCGUCAUGUCCGAAAGUAGGAUUUGAAUUUCAAACAAAUGUCUUACGCACCAUCAUUAUGUGUCGGUAG